AAUAUAUUUCUUCAUUUAAAUUUUCUUUGUUGCAGAAUUCCCUACUCGUUGAAAUCCCUCCCUAUCGGAGCCAAAGACUCUCCACUCCGGUCCACGUCAACUUCUACGUUUGCAAUGGCAAGAGGAAAAGAAGCCAGUACCAGCGCUUCACCUACGUCCCUGCCAGUGCCCCGACGAUAAAGAUGGAGCCACGCGACGACUUCGACGCCCCUCUGGUGUGCAGCCAGCGCGGCCUGUCCUUGCACCCAAAGCCAUACUUCCCCCCUCAGGUCAUGGCCCCGAUGAUGACCUCUGACCUCAGGCCGUGCGUGACGGGCGGGCCUUACUCUGUCAGUUUGGCAGCCAAGCCCUCCCCGCUGCCCGCCUCGUCCUCUCCGAGCACCAGCCCCAAACUGCACGACUUGCCGCCGCCGUUCUCCAAGUGCCUCUCCGCCGGCCCGCAAGUCCAACACCCGGGCCAACAGUCCCCCAUCUCUCAUGUCCCCAUCAUCCAGGAGACGCCCGGGCGCUACCAGCUGCCCAGCUUCUACCCACCGAGCAGCUCCUCCUCCUCCUCCUCCCCCCCGACCUCGCAGCCGUCCACGCCGACGGACGGCCCUUUCUCUCCGGCCGUCUGCGUGACACCAGCCCAUCCGGGCAGUGGCAACGCCAGCCCAGGAGCUCAGCAGCACCCCAAGGUGCCACCGAGGGGGCGGGGUUCCCUUCAGGAGGACGGCAGCCCGCCGGCGCUGGCUGUCAGCAUCAAACAAGAACCUCAGGAGCUGGACCAGAUGUACCUCGAUGAUGGUGAGUGAAAAAGUUAUUAGAAUUAUCCAAAAUCAACAAUUUUUUGAAAUCCAGUGCACCGAUACAAAUAUGAAUAGAACAACCCGUCCAACAAUUACCAAGACAAGAAAGUUUUAACUGCGCCCCAUAAGAUAUCUGCAGCUGAUUUUUGAUCAAUAUGGAGCUUUUGUUUCAGAGAAAAUCUCCAUCAUUUAAAGGAAUAUUUUAGGAUAACGCUUCUUUGCUUUCUUGUUGAGAGUUAAAUGAGAAUUUUGUUAUCGCAGCUGGUUAGCUUUUUUACAUUGCCAAUGUAGUGAAACCCUGAUAUUACUGUCUGUGUCAGUUACAGGCCACUGUAGGAGGAGUAGCUUGAUGUGGGAGGGAUGACUGUGCCGAAAGGUUCAUCACUGCUGUUGCGAGUCCUAUACUUUAUGUGAUUAGAGGCUGUCAAAAGUCCAGCAUUUUAUAACAUCUCUUUACCAAUUCUCUCACUUUUGUGGCUUUCCGUCGCUGUGAGCUUUCUCCCAGUCGUCUCAAUUCUGAGGUAAUUCGA